CCAGACAAAAGCAUAAAGAUGUUCAUGAUGUGUUGUUUUUUUAAUUUUGUUAUUUUUAAAAGAUGAGUCAAAAUUGAUUUCUGUUUAUAUAUUUUGACAGUUUACAUCUUCUAGGACAAUGAUUGAAUUAUUGAGUUCACGGAAAAUGAUCGUUGGGGUCAUCAUAUUAAUUAUUAUGUGUAUCCUGAUUGUGAUUCUGGAAGGCAUUUUAACCGAAAGUGAACUGAAACCAUUACCCCAAAGAUUACCUGUUUCCAAAGGUGAUUCAUCUUUUGCCAGUUUAAUUGGUAAUUCUACAGAAUAUUGUUGGUUAUUUGAAGAUUACUCUGUGGUAGAGGAUUGUGGACCAUGUACUGACUUUGAAAAGGCAGCUAAACAUUUACCUAUUUGUGAACAGACAGGCUUUAAAAAGUUGGUUAAUUGUAGUAAAACAGGCAAAGUUUACAUCAGCUGUGCACCAAGUACCGCCAAGAAAUUUUGGAUUUUCCUGUUAAUUAUGCUUUCCAUGUCGCUAUUGGGUGCCUUAAGCGUUAAAUCGAGGAUUAAGUAUUUGGAAAGACGUAUGACAGAAAGGAUGCAAAAUAAAAUUGACUGUGGAGUUUAAUGUGAUUGGAACUCUCAUUGUAAUAAUGUAAACUUCUUUUUUUAUAUUGAACAAAAGCUAUUCUAUUUGUGAAAAUUGUUAUUUUAUUCUCAGUUAAUCCAUCUAUAUAUAUGAUCAUUACAAAAGUAAAUCUCACCUUUAAAAUCUCA